CCGCCCGGCCCGGCCUGUGCCGCCCCGCCGCCCCCGCCCCACUGUCCGGGCCCGCGGAGGGGCCAAGCCGCCGGCGGCGGGGCGCGGGGGGGGGGCGCCCCGAUGAGCCCCGAGUGCGAGGAACCGCCGCCCCCCCGCGCAGGACGCAUGGCCAAGUGACCUCCCCAGAUCACCUUCCCCUACUGGCUUCAGUUUUCACUUAUCCAACAAGUGCUUGAGCUCUGGGCCUGGCUGUAUGCUAAAUUCUGAGAAACUGGCAUCAUCCGGGGAGAGGCAGAUGCCUGAACAGGCAGAUCCUGUCACAGAGCUGAGGCUCAGACGCUGCCCUAAGGGCGCCAUGUUUUGGAAGUUUGACCUACACACGAGCUCGCACCUGGACACGUUGCUGGAACGGGAGGACCUGAGCCUGCCUGAGCUGCUGGACGAGGAGGACGUGCUGCAGGAGUGCAAGGUCGUCAACCGCAAGCUGCUGGACUUCCUGCUGCAGCCACCGCACCUACAGGCCAUGGUGGCCUGGGUCACCCAGGAGCCUCCAGCCAGUGGUGAGGAGCGGCUGCGCUACAAGUACCCCAGUGUGGCCUGUGAGAUCCUCACCUCAGAUGUGCCCCAGAUCAAUGAUGCCUUGGGUGCAGAUGAGUCCCUCCUGAACCGGCUCUACGGCUUCCUGCAGAGCAGUGACAGCCUCAACCCACUGCUGGCCAGCUUCUUCAGCAAGGUCAUGGGCAUCCUCAUCAACCGCAAGACAGAACAGCUCGUGUCUUUCCUGCGAAAGAAGGAUGACUUUGUGGAUCUGCUGCUGCGGCACAUCGGCACCUCGGCCAUCAUGGACCUCCUGCUGCGCCUGCUCACCUGUGUGGAGCGGCCCCAGCUGCGGCAGGAUGUCUUCACUUGGCUCAAUGAGGAGAAGAUUGUCCAGCGGCUGAUAGAUCAGAUCCACCCGUCGAAGGAUGACAAUCAACAUUCCAAUGCAUCUCAGUCUCUGUGCGACAUCAUCCGCCUGAGCCGGGAGCAGAUGAUGCAAGGCCAGGACAGCCUGGAGCCGGACCAGUUGCUGGCCACUCUGGAGAAGCAGGAAACCAUUGAGCAGCUGCUGAGCAACAUGUUUGAGGGGGAGCUGAGCCAGUCUGUCCUUGUCAGCGGGAUCCAGGUGCUGCUCACUCUGUUGGAGCCCCGGCGGCCCAGGUCGGAGUCCAUGACCAUGAACAACUUCUUCAGCAGUGUGGAUGGGCAGCUGGAGCUCCUGGCCCAGGGGGCCCUGGACAGCGCUGGGUCUAGCACAGGGGCCCUGCACGCCCUUCGCCCACGGCUUGCCCACUUCCACCAGCUCCUGCUUGAGCCUCUCCAGGUACUGGAGCCACUGCAGAUGACGUGGGGCAGCCUGGCCCCACCUCUGGGGAAUACACGACUGCACGUGGUCAAGCUCCUGGCCAGUGCCUUGAGUGCCAAUGAUGCUUCCCUGACCCAGGAGCUCCUGGCACUGGACGUGCCCAACACCAUGCUGGAUCUGUUCUUCCAUUACGUCUUCAACAACUUCCUGCACGCACAAGUGGAGGUGUGCAUGAGUGCCAUGUUGAGCUUGGCCCCCCCGCCCAACAGCAGCUCUGAGACACCGGGCGGGAACCCUGUGCUGAAACACCUGCUGCAGCACUGCCGCCUGGUGGAGCGGAUCCUCACAUCCUGGGAGGAGAAUGAUCGUGUCCAGUCCGGGGGUGGCCCAAGGAAGGGCUACAUGGGCCACUUGACCCGGGUGGCCAAUGCCUUGGUGCAGAACUCGGAGCAGGGGCCAAAUGCCGAGCAGCUGGGGCAGCUGCUGAAGGAGCUGCCGGGGGAACAGCUGGAGCGGUGGGAAGUGUUUGUGUCGGGACCCUUGACUGAGACCAACAAGAGGAACACUGUGGACCUGGUGAGCACCCAUCACCUGCACUCCUCCAGCGAUGACGAGGAUGACCGGCUCAAGGAGUUCAACUUCCCCGAGGAGGCUGUGCUGCAGCAGGCCUUCAUGGACUUCCAGAUGCAGCGCAUGACCUCGGCCUUCAUCGACCACUUUGGCUUUAACGACGAGGAGUUUGGGGAGCAGGAAGAAAGCGUGAAUGCACCUUUCGACAAGACGGCCAAUAUCACCUUCUCCCUCAAUGCUGAUGACGAAAACCCCAAUGCCAACCUGCUGGAGAUAUGCUACAAGGACCGCAUCCAGCAAUUCGAUGACGAUGAGGAGGAAGAGGACGAGGAGGGCCAUGGCUCUGGGGAAUCGGAUGGAGAGUACGGUGCCUGGCAGGGCAACCAACUGACCAGGGCAGCUCGCUCGGGCCAGCCCCCCGGGAUCCGGAGUGCAGGCAGCACCGACAGUGAGGAUGAGGAGGACGAGGAGGAAGAGGAAGAGGAGGGCGGCGGCGCCUCUGGCCCUGGCCCUGGGCCUCCACCUCCUGGCCCGAGCUGGACUGCCACCUUCUCACCUAUGCCUGUGGAUACUCUGCCAGGCACCUGUGACUCCAGGGCAGAGGAGCUGCUGCCCCCUGCUCAGCACCCAUCCAGCCCUCAGACCCCGGAUGCCCUGCAGCUCAGAUCUCGGGAGCCUGUUCCCCCUUCAGCACCUCAGAUGGCUGCAGAUGGCAGCAAGCCACAAGGUGGCAGCAAAGCAGCAGAGCCCUCUGCCCCCUGCCAGGCCCUGGUUAGUGUUGAGGCCCUCCAGACCACCCUGCAUGGGAUACGCUCUGCCCCCAGCUCAGUGGACAGUGCAACCAGAGACCCCUCUACCUCUGUCCCAGCCUCUGGGGCCCCUCAGCCCCCCCAGACCAAGGAGGGGGAGAAGAGCCCAGAGCCCUUGCGGCUCCUCCCGAGCCAGAGUGCCCAGGCCCUGGAGCCGCCUCUAAUGCCCAAUGGGUCAGCCCCAGUAGCACUCCUCUCCCCAGGCUCCCAGUAGCCGCCCAGCGGUUGUGGUGGCUCAAUCCUCUGUCCUCCCCAUGGACUCUGGCGGGGCAGGGUCGGUCCCUUGUGGGUCCCUUGCUCCCAGCACCUGUCCCCACGUGCUCCUCUGGACUCCCAGAGGCUGUGCCAGGGAGAGGCCCCGCCCUGCCCCGUUUGCACUGAGAAGAGAUUAGGAGCUUGCCUCCUGGAAUAAAGAGUCACAUGGAAAGAGGAGAGAGCCGCACGCUAUGUGUCACGUGUACCGAGGGGGCUGUGUGGGCCAAAGCACAGCCUCUGGCUCUUCGGGAGGGCAGUACCGGUCCCAGGCUGCUGCCUUCCUGUCUUGCGCCCAGUCUUCUGCUCAGGUCCACCGCGGGUGGGCAAUGGGGCCAGGGGCGGUACCCUCGCCCAAACCUGCACUCAGCUGGUGCCCAGCCCUGGGGAGCGGUGAGAGGGGCCCUCCAGCUCUCCUGGGCCUGGGGCUCCAGCCCUCCUGCCAAGUGGCCUUGUCCCAGCUCCCUCCCCCACAAAGGCGUGAGUGUGUGUGUGUUUGUGCCGAGCUUCUGUUUCAUAUUGCAUAUAUAAAUAAAGGAAGACAGUUUAUGGUU